CGCCCCUUGUGCUCUGCCCACAGCAGCUCUAGUGGCACGGCGCACUGUCCCCUCGGGCAGCCACAGACAUGACGGAGCGCCUGACAGCUGCACAGGUCACGGAGUACAAGGGCGUCUUCGAGAUGUUCGACGAGGAGGGCAACGGGGAGGUGAAGACGGCCGAGCUGGAGCGGCUCAUGAGCCUGCUGGGCAUCAACCCCACCAAGAGCGAGCUGACCUCCAUGGCCAAGGACGUGGACCGAGACAACAAAGGCUUCUUCAACUGCGACAGCUUCCUGGCCCUGAUGGGAAUUUACUGGGAGAAGGCCCAGAACCAGGAGGGCGAGCUGCGGGCGGCCUUCCGCGUCUUCGACAAGGAGGGCAAGGGCUACAUCGACUGGGACACCCUCAAGUAUGUGCUCAUGAACGCGGGCGAGCCCCUCAACGAGGUGGAAGCGGAGCAGAUGAUGAAGGAGGCGGACAAGGACGGGGACGGGACCAUCGACUAUGAGGAGUUCGUGGCCAUGAUGACCGGAGAGUCCUUCAAGCUGGUCCAGUAGGAGCAGCUGCGCUGGCUGCGGGCAGCCUGCCCGACUGAGGAGCUGUGCCCGCCGCCGGCCGCCGCCCACUGCCGCCCAGUCCACCACACCCCGCCCCGCCCCACCCCGCCCCAGCGACUCGGCUAAUAAACGUGCCCACCAGA